CAGUGAUUCAAAAUGGCGCCCAUCUGAUAUGUUUGCGUCCAACAACUGGUAACAUUUCUGUCUGCUUUCCGUGGCGGUUUCAUUUUGUUCAGGAUGUUUUGGGGAGUGACUCUUGAUUCUGGCAAGCGUUAUACACAGACAGUGGAGAAGUCAUUUCACUUGUCAAUGGCAGCUCUGGGUUUUCAGAACUGUUCAUCAACACCAGUAACUGUGAUGGUUGAAGUAGAUAAAGCACAGUUUGCACUCUGCACACUGCAACCAGGAAAAAUUCCACAGCAACCUUUAGACUACUGCUUCACUGAAGGAGAAGAAAUAACUUUUUUCACAGAAGGACCUGGUGAUGUCCAUUUGACAGGUUAUUUAAUGGAUGAACCAAAUACUUUGGAAUUUGAGAAUGAUGAAGAUGAACUGACUGCUGACACUGACGAAUCUGAAUCUGCGUCAGUUAGCAAUUCUGAUUCUGAUGAUGAUGAAUCUUCCAGUGAUGAAAUUACUCUUGGAGAUUUACUGCAAAGUGGAGACAUUACAAAUGAUGAUAAUGAUGAUGAAGACAAUGAAGAUGAGGAGAGUGGUGAUGAUGAUUGGGAUCCGUCAAAGGAUAAUCCAAAGAGACGAAAACAAACCAAAAAAGAAAAGAAGAAAAAGAAAAAAUCUAAGACAGAGGAUUCUGAUGAACACGAUGAUGUGAUUACUAGUAAAGAUUUCGAACAAACAGAAGGAACUACACAAAAUGAAGAUGGUGAUGAUGACUAUGAUCCUGAGAAACAAAUUAAAUCAGACACUAAAAAGGAAACAAAACGAAACAAAAAGAAAAGGAAAAAGCUGGAAACAGAGCAACCAACUGUUGAAAAUGGACUUACACAACCACAAAACCUGAAGAAGAAAGCUAAAAGAACUCAGUUAAAAUCACCUGAUAAUGAUAGUGGUGUAGUAAACACAGAAAGUGCGAAUUCACUUCAAAAUAACAAAGAGAGUGAAAAAGUUAAUUCCACUCCAGUUAACUCAUUAAACUCAGUAAAGACUAACUCAAGUAAGAAGAAUGAAGGAAAAACACAAAAUCAAGUUGAUUUACAAGAAACAAGUCCUGAGAAAAGGAACAAUCAAUCACAGGUCAAUGAGACAAAGAAGAGGAAACUACCAGGAGGGACAGUAUUAGAAGAUAUCACAAAAGGAACUGGACCAGUGGCCAAGAAAGGACAAAAGGUUUAUGUUUAUUAUAAAGGCCAUUUAGCAAAGACCAAGAAGCAGUUUGAUGCAUGCCUAAAUGGACCUCCAUUUUCAUUCAGACUGGGUGUAGGAGAGGUCAUACGAGGCUGGGAUCUGGGUGUAGCUGGUAUGCAAGUAGGAGGCAAAAGAAAACUAACAGUACCUCCCUCACAAGGGUAUGGGAACAAGAAGAUGGGGCCAAUUCCACCCAACAGUACCUUAGAAUUUGAUAUUCAACUCAUCAGGCUGCAAUGAUAUUGUAAAGGGGCUAGGCCAUGAUUAUCACUCAUGUGGACAAACUGGUCUCAAAGACAUAACCAAGGGCAAUCAGUCUGAAAAAGACAGCAUAGCACUUAAAACUGCCCGGCUUGGUCUGAGUAAAGUGACGGUUCUGUUCCCAUUCUUAAUUCUUCUGCUAAAUGUACGGUAUGAUAGAGAUAUCCGAGAUGUGUGCUGAAAAACAGUGCCUUACUGAUGACAGCUCUGUACAGAUCCGUGUUUUGUCUUAGUUAAUAGUGAUUCCUACUCACAUGUGAUAUCUUAUGACCACACUACAACCAAUCAAAGAUAUUUCCUGGAUUCCUUUAAAACUGCAUCAUUAGUAUGCAAUUUUUGGGUGGAAUCUUGGCUGUCACUCUCCUGCAGAUGGCAAGCUCAACCAAACUAUUUACUUUGUUUACUCUAGACACGAGAGAGCAAACACACGAUUUCUGGUUCUUAUACAUUCUGAAUAUGCAAGACCAUUACACACAACUGUAAUUCAACGGAACUGACAUAUUCUAUACAUUUUUGUAAUUUCCUACAGAGCAAAGUCACUUCUCUUAAGUGGUCACCUCUCUUGUAAGGCAGUCUAGCAUUUUGUGGGAGGGAACUUACUAGUGAUCUCACCAUGGAGCAAAGUGAUUUUACAUAACCCAGGGGUUACUACACAAUCAGAUACUAUUAGACCAGAAUUUUUACAAUUCCUCUGUUUAGUUUUGGCUAUUUGGUGAUGAUUGUUAGAUCAUGUUGUUUUCCUCGGGAUUAUAAAAAAACUCACAAAACUGAACUAUCCUGGAGCCUUAUACAUAAGUCUAGAUAAUAUGCUGUUCAAUUCUAGGAGAACAUUUGUUUGUGACAGUGUACAUCUUUGUGGAGUAACUUGUAGCAUUUUUGAAAAUCACUGGGAUUAUGGAGGCAAGCAGCAUGACCAGGACUUGAAAAAACUUGAAUUCCAUUUUGUCCUUAGGACAAGUAGGUCUAAAAUUUUGCUUGCCCUGGGCAAGUCUUAGUUUGCUCUUUUAGUUAUUUAGUUGGCAGAUGACUUGCCUGAUCCUUGCCCAUUGGGUAAGUGAGAAUAAAAAGGUACUUGCCGAGAAGGAAAAUCUACUUGUCCUGGACAACGGGACAACAGUUUUUUCAAGCCCUGUUGUCAAAUUCUCUUAAUGCUGAUCUUUCUCAGUACAUUUUUAACAAGUUGUUUUUAAUUUUAUUAUAAAUUUAGACAUUGUAUUGUAUUUUUAACUGAAUCAUUUUGAGGUUGGACAUCAUUUAAAUAUUUUGUUGGCAUAGUUUUCAAGCAAUGUGGAUACAGAAUUAUUUAGUGUUGUACUGCCUUAUUGUUUUUUCAUCCUUUGAAUUUUCCAACCUUUGCAAACUACACUGAAACAUCAGUGGUCUGAAUAUGGUAUUACUGGUGAACCUAUUGAUGUUAUCGCACCCUCUAAAUUUCUUUAUUAUUACUUUACAAGGUCAUGUAACAAGAUACUAAGUACCAAGUACUCAAAGUACUUUUUAUCUCUUUUAUAAACACCUUUGUGUCUUGCUUUAUUAGGAGAUGAAAAACUUUCAUCUAGCACUUUCAUCAACAUUAUUACCACUAAAAUUUUAUCACGGAUAGUUUUGAAUGUAAUAAUUAAGUAUAUAUGACACUUUUAAACCACAUUUAAUGGAAAACAUCAGCUUUAAAUAAAACAUUUUUCUUUUAUUCAUUGACUUCUAGCCCUGCUCAACACAGUCAUGUAGUCUUGCAAUACAUCAUGCACUCAUGCAAUAUCUAUCCAGUACACAUUGUGGACUAUUUUAGGUAGUAACUCUAGUGUGAAACCUGUAUCUGACAGGACUUGGAAAAAAAGCUACUAUUGAUAUCAUUUGACCAUGCUAAGCUUUUGAAAUUUUGUGCUGUGUGACAAACUAGUGAAUCAAGAUACCAUUGCAGUGGAUAACUGCUCUGCGAGACACCCUAUUAGCUAGAAACUUGUACUGUGAAGGCCAGAUAGCAAAACAAAUCUAGAACAAUCAAUGGAUUAACAGUGAGGAACUGAAGAGGAUCCACAAUAUGAGGCAGAGUGUCAAUGACUUUUGUCUGUGAGCACAUUAGCCAGUGAAUAAUA